AUGCUGAACGCAACUAGCUCUAUAGUCUCGUCACCCAACUCAAUACCAUCCACUGACUACCAAAUGCAACAACAACAAUACGGAGUUACCGGACUGCAACAAUACCAAUAUACAGACACACAACAAAUCGCACCACCACAACAACAAGUCGGCGUCUAUGAUGUUCAAAGUGUGAUUGAACAGUUACUUACGUUCUACUUUUCAUAUGAGGAAAUUGUAGCAGAUUUGGAGAGUAAAGGCGUUGCACAGAACCUCACCUUGUACAUCCUUGACCAGUUGAAACAACAAAACCCGGGGUAUUUCACUGCUUACGAAAUCCGUGUAACAGUCAAAAACCAAAUUGCUCGGUUUAAUGACGCAUUUCAACGAGCAAACGCAUCUCAACAAAGCGACCAACAAACUCCACAAAACAUAUUUGCAGACUACGACGCCGGAUGUUUUAAUUCGUUCCAGGCAGACCAGUCCAUUACUGCGUUCUAA